AUGGCAGAUUCUGAUCGAAUGAAGCUGCGAUUGCUCGGGGAAUGGAAGGAAACCGCUUUUCCCAAUCAAGACGCUCAAUUUUCAGUGCCAAUUGAUAAACAAUACAAAAAAAAUGAAUAUCCAACGGGCGUGUUUUUGCCUUACAAUACGCGAAACAACAUAUUGCCAACUGUAGACGAGUUGCGAGAACAAAAAGUGAUUAAAUCUGGAAAUUUUUCUUCGAUUCGUCGCGCUGCUGAAGCACAUAAACAAACGAGAAAAUUUGCGCAGUCAAUCAUCAAGCCGGGUUUGGAAUUCUUAGAAUUUGUUCAAAAGUUAGAGGCGAAAUCAAAAAAACUGAUAUCUGCAAAAGGAUUGAAAAGUGGAUGGGGUUUUCCUACAGGUGUGAGCUUGAACGAAUGUGCAGCUCACUACACACCUAAUUACGGCGAUCCUGUCAUGAAAUUUUCGCAGAAUAGCAUUGUCAAGGUUGAUUUCGGAGUUCAUGUUGAUGGGUACAUUAUUGACAGUGCAUUUAGUGUAGCUUUUGAUGAAAAAUUCGAUCCGUUGAUUCAAGCAACGAAGGAAGCAACGGCUGAAGGUGUCAAAAUGGCAGGCAUAGACCAGUGCAUCGAUGACAUCGGAGCCAGCAUAGAAGAAAUCAUUUCUUCUUUUGAAAUGGAAGUGGGAGGAAAAAUGGUUCCCAUUAAACCAAUUGAAAAUCUCAGUGGUCACAACAUCGAGCCUUAUAGAAUACACGCAAAAAAAUCUGUUCCAUUGGUUCAAACCUAUAAUCAUGAGCGAAUGCAUGAAAAUGAAAUCUACGCUAUAGAGACUUUUGCCACAACUGGUUCAGGUACAGUAGUGUCAGCUGGUACCUGCAGCCACUACUCUCUUAACUACGAUAUGUUAAGACACCAACUGCCAGGUCAUUCAAUGGCUUCAGCUAGACAGCUGCUUCGAGAAAUCCACACUAAGUUUGGUACAUUACCUUUUUGCCGCAGAUGGCUUGAUGACUUCGGAAUGACGAAACAUUUGUUGCCAUUAAAGGCAUUAGUUAUGGCGAACAUUGCGUUAGACUUCCCACCUUUGAACGAUGUUUAUGGCAGCUUUACUUCACAAACAGAACACACGAUUUUACUACACAAAGAGUGCAAAGAAGUGUUGAGUAUGUCAGACGAUUAUUGA